UAUCAAAGCAGUGUUGCGCAUACGCCGGUGUCGUCUGUAUUUUUAGGGCCAGUGAUUUCUAUAAAUCGUUCGUUACCGUUCGCACGUUAGAACGUCCUGUUUGUUGUUUCAGUGAUCUUAUUAUUUUUUCUGGCAAUUGAGAACUUUAUUUAAGGCAGGGAUAGAGUCUUCAAAAUGAAGCUCUCCCUGGUUUUUGAGUUGCUGCUAAUAUUCGUGCUGUUAGCAUUCGCUGCCUCUAAGACUAUUCGUAACAAGAAGAACAACAAAAAAAACCUAACGAAUAGACAUGAUGUAUCUUCGGAGCAAGUGAUACCUCUAGAAGACAGCAGCAUCAAUAGAUAUUGCAAGUGUUCCGAAGCGUUUUGCAACUGCUGUAGAGAUUUCGCUUUGCCGCUAGUCAAAUUGGAUGGACCAGGAUGUGCAACGUUAAUGUAUUUGAAUGGUGACAAAAUGGCGGUGUCCUUGAGCUUCGGAAGAAAAGUUAUAACAAAUAAGACUCUUUCAAGUCGCAAGCCAAGUCCGGUGUGCAUGCCUCUACCAGGUGGUAUAUCGAAGUUUUGUGGAAGAGUGUACAAUAUCGCCCGUUCUGGUGAAGAGUUCAGAGCGUGUCUUGGAUUGGAGCUUCAAUCGAGGAAAACCAUUGAAGCAGCUGUGAGAGUAUCAUGCUUCAAGUUUGGCCCUAGAGGAGUCUCUUCAGAACCGGCUGAUCCAUUGCCUUUAGUACCACAAAAUGAGAAAGGCAGUGACGACGAUGACGAUGAUGACGACGACGAUGAUGAUGAUGACGAUUUCGACCUCGCAGAUAACGACGAUGAUAGUGACUUCACUGGCAUUAAUGAUGUAGACGGUGGAGACUAUACAGGGUUUAGUCUCCUAGGUGAAGAUUUAUUAGGAGACUUAUUUGGCGAAACAUCAAAUAAGAAAAAAUCGAAUAAAAAUAAGAAAAAGCAGGCGCCAACCCUAUCGACUACUACUACGACUACUAAACGACCUAGACCUAACAGACGUCCUACGCGCAAGCCAAGUUCAAGAGCUACGACAGUAAGACCCAUUAGAACAACGACAGUAAAAGUUCGUCCGGCCGCAGGAAAUAAGCGAACCACUCGCAAACCGUCAAGGAGACCUAAUCGCCCUAAUAGAAGACCGACUAUUACUACAGCAGUAACAGAAAAUUCUAUUCCAUCAUCCAUUUCCACGUCGACAAUGACUACACCAUCAUCUACAGUACUGUCCUCUGCCAACACGCCUAUGCCAACGACAAUUAGUCCACAACCGACCGCAAAUGAUGAAAAAUUUGAGCCAGUAGUUAUAGUAACUCAAAGACCACAUUUCACAAUGUCAACUCCCACAGAAAAACCAGACACAAACUUUGAAGACCCUGGUAUAGAAAUGUCAUUAGCUCAUAUAACUGGUCAAUUAUCUGCUAUGCCUGAGACUUCAAUUAUAUCCGAAGCAGCUAAGGAUACUGUCAUGAUGUCUACAAUGCACGAUCAAGGGCAUACUGCUUAUGAAAAAAUUGAAACUAUCACUCCUAAAGGCACUACGGUCUCAUUCCCUACAUCUUCAGAGCAAAGAGUUAACGGAGAUAUGAUUCAGGUUGUUCAAAAUCUUGACUCCACUUCAGAAGAAACGAUAACAGACUCAAAAAAAGAAGAAGAAAAAAUGACAGCUGAAGAAACAAGAACUACUCAUUUUCAAGACAACUCUUAUGUACCUAUGAUUCCACUUAGACAAAACAGGAACAGUGACUUUAGUCUGGAGGAUUUAGAUAUUUUGGGGCUCGAUAAAAUUGGUGAAACAGUUGGUGAUCAACUUGGAUUGUUUGGACGAAACAAAAGACAACAUAAACAUAAAGACACAAAAGUCCACGGAGAAAAUGAUGAAAUCGAUAAUUAUGAUGUUCUUGGAUUAGAAACUAUUGGAGAAACUGUAGGAGAUCAAUUAGGUCUUUUAGGAAGAAACAAGAGACAAAAAAAACAUAAGGACACAAGAUUUAAAGGAAGCCAAAAAGAGUACGAUUACGAUAUGCUUGGUCUUGAUACUGUUGGCGAAUCUCUUGGACUUGAGAGAUCUGAAAAAAACAAUAAAAAUAGGAGAAGACAGAAUAAGAUGAUGCAAGGAGAAUGGUCCAAAGCAUGACAGAAGAGUCACAUUAGUUAUAAGUAGGCAUAGAAAUUAUUUAUAU